GCUUGUGAAACUCUGCAGAUGCUGUUUUCUGGCUUUUCCCAGGGGAACUCAGGCCUUGGAUUCAGUAUCGCAGGAGGGACGGAUAACCCCCACAUUGGAGAUGAUCCCAGUAUCUUCAUCACAAAGAUAAUCCCUGGAGGUGCAGCAGCUCAGGAUGGCAGACUCAGGGUAAAUGACAGCAUUUUGUUUGUGAACGAUGUGGAUGUGAGGGAGGUGACACACAGUACCGCUGUCGAGGCUCUGAAGGAAGCCGGCUCCAUCGUCCGACUGUAUGUGAUGAGGAGGAAACCAACUGCAGAAAAACUGAUGGAGAUUAAACUGAUCAAAGGACCGAAAGGCCUUGGAUUUAGCAUAGCUGGUGGGAUUGGAAAUCAGCACAUUCCCGGAGAUAACAGCAUCUACGUCACAAAGAUCAUCGAUGGGGGAGCAGCUCAUAAGGACGGCCGUCUACAGAUCGGAGACAAGAUCCUGGCUGUAAAUAACGUCGGGCUGGAGGAUGUCAUGCACGAAGAUGCUGUGGCUGCUCUGAAGAACACAUCUGAUAUAGUGUACCUGAAAAUCGCCAAACCCACCAGCCUGUACAUCAAUGACAGCUACGCACCUCCAGACAUCACCACCUCGUACUCACAGCACCUGGACACGGAGAUGGGCCAUUCCAACUACCUGGCGACGGAUUACACACAGACCCUGACACCUACAUCUCCACACAGAUACUCCCCCCUUCCCAAAGGCCUCAUGGGAGACGAUGACAUUCCCAGGGAGCCUCGGAGAGUGAUCAUACACCGGGGUUCGACAGGCCUGGGAUUUAACAUUGUGGGUGGUGAGGAUGGAGAAGGAAUCUUCAUCUCCUUCAUCCUGGCCGGUGGUCCAGCAGACCUCAGCGGUGAGCUCAGGAAAGGAGACCAAAUCCUCUCG